UGAUUGGAUGAUCUGAUGUGUGUGUCUCCAGCGGCCCCCAGCACAGAUGAUGUGGCUCUGUACGUGGGCAUCGUCAUCGCCGUCAUCAUGUGUUUGGUCAUUUCCGUCAUCGUGGCGCUGUUCGUCUACCGGAAAUACCGGAAGAACCACCGAGACUUCGACUCGGACAUCAUGGACUCGUCGGCGCUCAACGGAGGAUUCCAGCCGGUCAACAUCAAGACGGCGCGCACAGCGGAUCUGCUCACGGCUCCUCCGGACCUGACCUCGGCUGCUGCCAUGUACAGAGGUCCUGUGUACGCGCUCCACGAUGUCUCUGAUAAGAUCCCCAUGACCAACUCUCCCCUGCUGGACCCGCUGCCCAACCUGAAGAUCAAGGUGUAUAACUCGUCCGGUCUGGUGACGCCGCAGGAGGACCUGUGUGACAUCUCUCCCAAACUCUCCCACGCUCUGAUCGACAGCGACACCAUCAGCCGCCGCACACAGACACUGCUGCGCUCCUGGGACCCCUCCUGCACCGCCUUCGGCUCCUUCAACGCCCUCGGGGGCCAUCUGAUCGUGCCCAACUCAGGCGUGAGCUUGUUGGUGCCAGCGGGGGCCAUCCCUCAGGGCCGCGUCUAUGAGAUGUACGUGACGGUUCACAGGAAGGAGAGCAUGAGGUAACGUCCCCGAGACGGUCCUGAGAGUCCGGUGGUCAGCUGCGGUCCUCCCGGAGCUCUCCUGACCCGACCCGUCAUCAUCACCAUGCACCACUGCGCCGAGGCCGACAGCGAGGACUGGCUCAUCCAGCUCAGGAGCCAAUCACAGCAGGGCCAGUGGGAGGGUGUGGUGGUGGUGGGUGAGGAGAAUCUUCACCACCCCUGCUACAUCCAGAUGGACGAGGAAGCGUGUCACAUCCUGACGGAGACGCUGGGCACGUACUGUCUGGUGGGUCAGUCGGUCAGCGCCGCCGCCUCCAAGAGACUGAAGCUGGCCAUCUUCGGCCCGGUCAGCUGCACCAUCCUGGAGUACAACAUCAGAGUGUACUGCCUGGACGACACGCAGGACGCGCUCAAGGAGGUGCUUCAAAUGGAGAAGCAGAUGGGCGGGAAGCUGCUGGAUGAACCCAAGUCUCUGAACUUCAAGGACAGCACACACAACCUGCGCCUGUCGCUGCACGACGUCCCACACACUCUCUGGAAGAGCAAACUCAUCGCCAAAUACCAGGAGCUGGCGUUCCAGCAGGUGUGGAGCGGCUCUCAGAGGAACCUGCACUGUAUCUUCACUCUGGAGCGCUUCAGCGCCGCCACACUCGAGCUCUGCUGCAAGCUGUGUGUGCGUCAGGUGGAGGGAGAAGGACAGAUAUUCCAGCUCAACAGCACGCUGUCUGAGGACUCUCAGUGCAUCGACACGUCUCUCCUGGAUCCGGCCAGUAACAUCACCACACUGGUGGGUCCCAACGCCUUCCGGAUCCCGCUGUCCAUCCGGCAGAAGCUGUGUGGGAGUCUGGACGCGCCGCAGACCCGCGGGAACGACUGGAGGAUGCUGGCGCACAAACUCAACCUGGACAGGUAUCUCAACUACUUCGCCACCAAGUCGAGUCCGACCGGCGUGAUCCUGGACCUGUGGGAGGCGCAGCACUUCCCCGACGGCAAUCUGAACCGUCUGGCCGCGGUGCUGGAGGAGAUGGGACGUCACGAGAACAUCAUGAGCGCUGAGCACUGACACCCGUCCCACGAGAUCGCCGCCGGAUCACUGUGAGCUGCUCUGAACACGAUGGGUUCCUGCUGCAGCCGUGUGUGGUUAGUGGUAUCAGUUUCUUAGGAAACGCUACUUCUGCUGUCCAA